AUGUCUACCGUUGACUCCCGCGUGGCCGCCGUGCUGGACCGCAGCAACCAACACGACAACUCUGACGACGAAGAUGCCCUCAUCGCCGAGCUGGAAGAAGACGAGUCCUCCCUGGCUGCCUUUCGUGAACAGCGAUUGCAGCAACUGCAUGGCGAAUUGGCUCGCGCAAAGGCCCAGCGCAACUCCGACUAUGGCACUUAUACCGAGAUCAAGGACGAGAAGCAGCUCAUGGACAUCACCACUUCGGCCAAGCUGUGCGUCGUUCACUUCAUGAAGCCCGAUUUCAACCGCUGCAGAAUCAUGGACCAGAAGCUUGCCGCGUUGGCGCCCAAGCACUUCGAUACCCGCUUCCUCAGCAUCAACGUCGAGAAUGCCNCUUUUCUCGUCGUAAAACUCAAAAUCCAGGUCUUGCCCUGCGUCCUCUCCUUCAUCGACGGCGUCAGCAGCGACAGAAUUGUUGGCUUCGAAGGCAUUGGCUACAAGCCCGACUCCUUCACCCUGCAAGAGCUGGAGGCGCGUCUGCUGUACGCAAACGUCCUGCUCAGAAGCAAGAUGGUCGAUGAGGAUGAGCAUGCCAUGAGAUCGGGUGCCGUGCGCUCGGCAAACGUGACUGAGGACUACGACGACGAUGAGUGGGAUUGA